AUGGCUGCACCACUUCCACGAACAAUACUACUGUUUAGUGGUAAAAGAAAGUCCGGUAAAGACUACAUUUGCAACAAAUUGAAGAACGCUCUAGGCGAUGAGAAUUGCACCGUAAUAAGGAUAUCGGAGCCCUUGAAAGCGAUAUACGCCAAACGCCACGAUUUGGAUCUACAAGAGCUGUUGAGCGAGGGGCCCUAUAAAGAAAUCUACCGGAGCGACAUGAUCGAAUGGAGCGACGUGGAAAGGGGCGAAAACCCCGGAAUUUUUUGCCGAGCAGCUUGCGAAUCAGCGAUUUUAAAACCUGUUUGGAUCGUGAGCGAUGUUAGAAGGAAAACCGACAUCGAAUGGUUUAGUAGAGAAUACGGGGAUUUGAUAAAAACCAUCAGAAUUACGGCGGAUGUUGGUGUAAGGGAGCAAAGGGGUUACGUUUAUACGAAAGGUGUCGAUGAUGUUGCAUCAGAAUGUAACUUGGACGAUUUCGAUCGGUGGAAUCUAAUUAUUUCGAAUAAUAACAGCGAGGACUGCGAAAGUGCCUUGGAAACCAUUUUGAAACUGGUGCAAAACGGACAAAAUCAAAAGUAA